CUGGCAGACUUGUUUUCAAACAGUCGUCAGAGCUGGUCGGUCGCAUGGCUAUCUCGCGCGUGAUUGCGAAUCUCUUCUUCGGGGAUGAAAAGAUCGCGACGAAAUGACGACUGAUUUUGUAAAUCGCGAACGGAAAUGAUCGCGGAGUCAUUGAUCGGCAUUGAUGAUCCAACGAGAGACGCUACGCACCGAUCGCUUAAAUGUGUAAAAUUAAUUUUCCUGACUAAAUGACUCGACUAAAUUUCUUCGUAAACAAAUGUCGCGUGUGUGCGGUUAUAAUUAGCAACAAAGUGUAAAUUUAAAAUAUGAAACGAGAAUAAUGAAAGAGUGGUGAAAGUUUUUACUGCCGACAGUGAAUCGCGAGAAUAGUGUAAAGAUUCUGUUCCUUUUCAAUUAUGAUUGAAAAAAAUUAUCCGAAAUUUUGAAAUACAAGAAAUUUUUACAAAAUUUUAUGAAGAUUUGCUGUACCGACAUGUACAGUCAUUGCAUCACAUGGAUUUUUUACCAUUCGUAAAGCACAAGUCGUUGAAAACUUCUGUAAAGAAGAAUUAUUAUUAUUAUUAUCAUCUUCGUUUUGAAGAAAGCGCGGUUGGUUACCGCUUAAAAUCGAUGAACGAGUGAAAAAAAGAUUAAUCUAAAAGUGCACUUGGCAACGAUGAAAGGUUGAGACGCGCAAUCAGCUUAAAAGUAAAGCGGAUUUUAUUGGACCUUGCUUCGAACGAGCAGUAAAUACUCGCUUUAGUCGGACAACGAAUAUCGAGAAUGCAAAAAAAAAUAUUCUGCACAUGUGGCUCUUUUUUGGAAGGAUUCGGAAAGAUAGUAUGUACAUAAACCUACGAGAGUCGACUCAUUUUUCUCGAUGUGUCAAUAGCUUCAGUCUCGACACGAAAGGGGCAAAAACUUAUUGAUUUUAUAAAAAAGGAAAACGAGAUAUAAUAAAGUUUGUGUACGUUUAAGAACAAUAAACGGAAUCAGAUAGCACGUCUAUGGUAAUAACGUUCCAAGAAUGAGCAUCCCAAAGGUAUUAUGGACAAGAUAAUCGCUUAUUCCAAGGUUACUUGCAAGUGGAACAACCAUUAGAGACAUCGUCACGUGUCCCUCAGAGAAGCGUCUCUCUAACAUCAAGAUCGAUUUUCCUUCUAUAAAAAAAAAGAACGCAAAGGCAUACUACUUCCCGUUUCCUGUUUGAAUAAUAAAUGUUAAAAUGCUCUGAAUAUCCAAUGGAAGAAAAGCUCCCAAUGGAAGAGAACUUUGCGUGACAAAAGGGUAUCGAUUUAAAGAUUUAUCGGUGCGUUAAAGCGUCAUUUUUUGAAAAAUUGUAAACCGGCCUUUUAAUUGUAAGUCAUACGGCAGCGAAGUCUCGGCAACAACGGUGGAACGACAGGAACAAAUUUUAACGUAAUUUCCGACGGUAAUGGUGGCACAGAAAAUCUGGAUCAAUAGCGCAUUUUUUAAAGAGUUGUUUAAGCGCCCACUCGAUAGUGUCGCGAUAAUGCGAUCACGAGCAUCUAAUUCUGGGCUAUGCGAAGCAUACGCUCGCAACUACAUGGCUAAUGAAGUUAACACGUGCUAAUUGCUCUAAGUGCAUCGGACAGAUCGGACGUGUCUAGCGAAAGAACGGCAGGGGAGGAUCCGCGGCGUGCAAAUACAAGCGAAGACUUGUUCGCUAUUAUUUAUUGUAGGCCCUAUUGACGAGCGGUUGAUCACAUCUGCUUAAAUUCUGAUCGAAAAAUGUGGGGCAAUCCUUCGCGAUUCAGCAGAACUGUGAAUCAUGUGCCUAAAUGAGUCACUCGCGUGACACACACUUGGAUCUAGCUACGAAUCUUCGGUAUAUUGUUGAAUUGUUAACGUUAAUCAAUUAAUUUCCCAGAAGAAGGGGAAGGAAGAAGUUAUAUACAAGCCCUUCGUUGAAUUCGAAACGGGCCGAUCAGUAAUUUUUAAUGAACGCUUCUUUCGUUCUGGUCAAUCUUUAUCGCUGAAAACGGAAAUAAAAGAUUUGAGGCCCGCAUAUCAUCUCCUGCUUUUCGACGAAAUGGCAUGACGAUCGUGCGUCACGACGCGUUCGUGCCCAUAAGAGGAUGGUAGCUAUAGCGAAAUCAUCUAAUCGAUGGAAGUCGUGGCACAUACACACGCACUUGUCGACCGACUUCGCGAACUUCUACUUUCCAAACGGAAAUAGUAUGCGGAAAACAAGCCGAGAUUCGCAACGAAAUAUUUCGCCUGCGCACGUGCACGUUCCAGCGGGUAAUAUUACGAAAGUGAAAAUGGAGCUGUUGCGAGCAAUCGAUUCUUAGCGCGAAACGAGUGCGGUCUGUUGAUCUCUUGGUUUAUUGUUUUUCUUUUUUUUUUCUUCUCUUUUUCGCAUGAGAAACGACAAUUAAACUUUAACGAGGCUGCUAUAGUCGCUCGCUCUGCGAGUUAAUGAAAUGUCGACUUAAAGUUGCCUCUUUUUUUAUAUAUCACAUGUCCCGAGAGAGGAAACAAAUAUAAUAUACACCAGUUUAUUUGACGUGAGAAUGAGUGAUCAAGCUCGGACAGAAUUAAUUUUCGGAUGGUAACGUCGAUAAGAGAAUAAAGGUCGAAACUCCAACGAGCGUAAUAAUUUUUCGGCGAGGUUGUGCUGGAAAUAUCCGUCUUCUGGAUCACGUUUGUCCAUAAAUAAAUAAAUAAAUAUCUACGACGUGGAAUUAAGUCUAUGAGAUUUAAACGGGAGAAAUUCAAUAGAAGAUUUUGAAAGUAUUAAGGAAGCAUUAGGAAGAAUUGCAGAACGUCACGCAAUGGGCCGAAAACAGAAGCGCCGUAUGAUACCGGAACAAGACCGUAGAAUUUGUGGCAGUAUAUGCUUCUUCCAGUUCACCUUUGUCAUCAGUUGCGUGGCUUUGGUUUACCUCGGCGUGGCGGUCUACGCGCCGUCGUAUAGAGCUUUCCACAUUGGCAUCGAGCCGGAACCGGUGAUGUGCCAAACCGUUAACGCUUCGAUGGUGAAUAAUUGCGGCUGGGCGAGUUGCGGCGAGUGGUGUUUGACGAAGACGAGCGGCUUUUGUCCCCAGUAUCACGCGACCGUGAGACGUAACGGCACCGACGUGAUUUUCGAAAAUUGCACCAAGUUCAGCACUAUCGCGUGCCCUAAGGUGAACAUGGGAAGCAUGAAAAGAUACAAUUGUAACAACGGCAGCGAGUGCAACAUGUUGACGGGGGUGUUCAACUGUAGCCUCGGACAUUGCUCAAACAUGAGCGAACUGAUGCUCUGUCAUCACAAGGCUGACGGCAUCGUCGUUGAUAGCGACAAAGAUAACAUGAAACUGAACGGCUACUUCAGCUGUCAACACUCCAGAUGCACGAAAAUUAAGAACCACUUUAGUUGCGACCGAUACUGCCCAAACAUUUCCACUAGCGAUGUCAACGUGUAUCUAAUGCAAGACGACAAUGUUAUAUCAGCCAGGUGCUCCCGUGGUAUGGCCUUAAAUAGAGCGAACGGUAGUCUGCCUGGUAUCAGAUUGAACAAGCCUGUUAAAAUCUGGGACGAGAAGAACGGUAGUAUCGUCACGAGCUGUUUUGCCGUAACGAAGGAUAGCAAUGUCAUCAGUACGGAGGACUGCGUGAACGGCACGUUGUUGGGCGGGAUUCCAGUCCUAGAACCAUCCAUUAACUUUACGAGCUUCCUGACAAUUUACGAGAAAAGCCUACAGAAUCCUGUGGACCCCACAAACGCCUAUGUUCCGGCACAGCAAUCUCUGACAAUCUACAAUAGUUCGCGAUUGUACAUCAAUAUCGACCGUUGUGUCAACACUUUGAGGGGUGAGUGCAGACAAUUCCAACUCACCCAUGGUCGCGACGGUGACAAUCAGACCGCGCAGAGUAGAUACCCCUGCUUUUACAACAAGAAUGACUCGUUCUUCGUGGUUGCACGUUUCGAUCUGAAGAAGACGCGAAUCCAGUUGUUGAUCGCUGUUAUCGUGCCGGCUGGACUUUUCAUCAUCAGCGUGAUCACCCUGAUUAUCAUUUCGCGAUCGGUGCAGGUGGGAGACGACGCAAAAAUGCGAUGCAGAUAUUGCGUUGAUCAGCAAGAGAUCGAGGACGAGGACGAAGGACUCGUUGAGGCGACGUCCUCCGCGACUCAGAGUCAGGCUAAUGAAAACGAAAUCAGAAGUAUGACCCUUUAGCAGUACAAGCCGCUUGGUAUGGGCAAUACGCUGGGGUAUGAAAGGCUGCCAUUGAUCGACAUGGACGAGGCUGAGGAUUCUCUCUAGAAAAAAACGCGAUAUCUUUUGAAGGAUCGUCAUAUCGAAUAGAUCCAUCCAAUGAGAAAGGAAGAAAACCAAUGAUGAAACCCGAAAUGUCCAAAUAACAAAGUUAAAGUUCUCGAACGAACAUUAACGUCGUCUUCCGGAAUGAGGUAUACCAUAAUCAAUUUUUCUACAGUUACAAUAACUUAACUCGCAAUGGACGUUGCAAUGACGUGAUUGAUCACUGUGCUUAAAAUGGAAUUAAAUUCAAGUGAUCUCUGCCAAUGAAACUCAACGAAAGUAACCCGUUUCCAAGGGGGGUCCAAGUUAAUAUUAUUAUUGACUCUCUAAUUAUACUACAUCGGACAUUACGUCACAUUUAUACGCUCACUGUUGCCUUCGAUGUAUCGCCAUUACUUUGUUUGCGCGCAAGACAAACGGAUUGACACUGGCAUCAUGCAAUCGUCGGUACAUUAGUAUUAAGAUUUUGCCUCCAAAUAAAUUAAAAAAAUUUUCAUUGCCGUACAUAUACGAUUGUUUUAAUACCGCCGUGUUUUAACAAAUGGUACCUGACAACGGUGGUAUUAAACAACUGUCUUUGCGCAACUUGUACGACUAAAGAAAAAGCAAACAGCUCAUUAAUCAACAAAGACAAAACGAAAUAAACGAUGGAACGAAUGGAUAAAACGAAUGGAGAUAUUCACUGCAGCACUUCACGAAUGACAUCCCUUUUUUUUUAUGCGAUAAUCGCAAUUUUCGCGCGAACGCGACGUGAGCAAGCUUAUUUCGAUGUACAACAGCAUGUAGGAUGAUACGGCGACCUAGCGCUCAUUUAAUAUUCGGUUAUCAACGAACGCAGCAUUUGUAUUUUUUCUACGUCCACUUACUGUGCUACACUGUAAUUAACUCCGUAUUAUUGUGAUUAGAUACAUCUAAUACCGCUGGUGAAAACACAUAAUGCGAUUUCCAAUGUCUGAUACGCGAACCCGAGUACUACGACUGCCUAUGAGUAAAUUAUAGUUGUAUAGGACAUUGUAUAUUACAUAUACCUGCGAUGCGUAAAUAUAUGUGUAUACAGUGCCUUGCUGAUGUAAAUACAAAAAUAUGUUUACAACAUGCUUUCAACGAGACAUUUAAAUAUUCGUGGUAAUUGAUAUUGCCUCAAUUUUCGUGCCAGUUUCGUGUCAGCGUGUGUUUCAAGUCAAUCAAAAAUAUGAUCCGUCGUAUAAUAACUAUUCAGAAUAUUUAACACAAUUGACGAGUAUGUGUUAAUUAGAAAUUUAUAAUACAAAACUUUAUAAUAAGAAAUUAAAAUAACGCCAUGAGAUUAACCUUUAUUUUAAUUAUUAAGUUCAUUUUGUAUUUUUAAUGAAAAAAUGCAUCUUUUUUACUUUUGCUGAAAGAAAAUAAUAUAUAACCUUUUCGAGAUAAAUAACUAGACCAGAAAGUUUUAAUUUGGUUUCGUGCAAUUUGAUUUUUAUUUUUAAUAAUGUUUGUCAGAUAUUUUAUUUAUUGAAAGAAAGAGAGUAUAUUUUUUAAACCGAAACUCAUAAGAGAAUUGAUAGAAAUACACUCGCAUAUUCGACAACGUAAAAUAUAGGCUUUAAAUAACUAAUAAGUUAAUCUCACGCAAUUAAAUACACAUGUGCACGCAAGAAGAGUAGCUAGAAAUAAUCGGACAGCAAGAAGAGACUUUUCUGUUGUCACUAUACUCUAUGUGCCUUCUUCCGCUUUCGAUGGAGCCAAUAACGUGUACCUAUUAAUAUUUGCGAAUACUAUACACAAAAGAAUAAAAACUUUUUUGCUCUUGGAAAUGAACGUAGUUAUUCUAUACUUCUGUUAUUUUUCUGCUCUAAAAAUAGACGAGUCCGAUUUGUAAAUAAAAGUUUAAUCUCGCGUGUACCUCUCUUUUUAUCUAAAAAUUAUUAGAUUGUAUCAUGUAG